GUUUCCGUCAUUGUCAAUGUCAUGCAAAAAUCCAAAUUCCAAAAAUCUAUCUAUUUUAAAAUAAAGUGAUCUGUGAUUCAAAUUACAAACAAAUAAAACAACAAACAUUAAUUACAAAAAAUCAAUUACAAUUCAUAUUGUAUGAAGCAGUUAACAAAUAGAUUUUUGUUAAAAAUUGUUUUGUUAAAUGUUUCAAAACUGGAUAUUACCCGAGAAAGAAAUGCAAAGCACUAUUAAAGAGCUUUUAGAUGCUUUAGGAUGUAACUUAGAAGCUGAUAUUGUAUUGGAGUAUCUUCAAAAUGAUCCUAAUUACGGCAAUAGUAAUCUAUCUUCAAAGCAAGUGAAUGAAUACGCACAACGGUUGGCACUUAAGGCGUCCAAUUCAAAAGCGUUUUUAAAAAAGUACGAGGAGAUGCGAAAUCGCAGCAUUGACUAUUUGCCUGAUCUGAUUUAUCUAUUCUAUAAAUUGGUUCACGAAGAUAAGAAGUCUAGAAUUUCAAAGCCAAAAGUGGCUCCUAAACCUAUUUUAGGUGAUAAUAAACACCAGAUUACCAAAGAAGACCUCCCCCAGAUUAAAGACAAAUUACUAAAAGCUGUAGAUGAGAGUAAGAAAUUAGUCAUGAAAUCAUUUGAGGAGAAAGAAGUCAAAACAGUGCCCAAUUGGUAUAAGAAUCUAGAUUUGCCCAACUGGCAGAAAGACCAUCCUGCUAUGUCGUGGGAUUUCCCUAAAGAGCAAUUACCUUUGAUCUCUUCAUUAGCUGGAAUUCCCGUUCUCUCACAAGAGAAUAUAAUUAUAGAUGAACUCUUGUAUAUCUUCUCUGGAAUUCCCGGCAACUUUAUAGUUCACCAGCCAGUUAAGGACACGUAUGAUCAAAGAACAUUCCUCAUUUCCGAUGAACUGGAUGAUGCGCUCAAACAGAUAGUACAACAGAUGUUGCCAUUAGCGUCAAACUAUUCCAUAGUGAGGAGGUUUAUAGAGAGCUGUGACAUGUGGUCUGGUCAGGUGCUACAUGCAUUGGUUGGUGCUAUAGAGAUCUUGCUAAAAGACUAUUAUACAAUGGUAGCUCAAUUGGAGACUGAACAAAUGUCAUCAAGCCUAACACUGCAGAAGCUCUGGUACUUCGUGCUGCCUACAAUGCAUACAAUGCAAGUCUUAGCUGCCAUCGUUACCAGCAUUGGGAAGAGUGAGCUAAGAGGUGGCUCCGUGCUGACGGUGCUGCAUGAGAAGACCAGUACCCUGACGGGCGACGCGCGCGCGCAGGAGAUAGCUCUGUUCCUCACUGAGAGAGCUUGUCGCCCAUAUCUCAAUAUUUUGGACCAGUGGAUACAUAAAGGGACUAUUGUCGAUCCUUUUCAAGAAUUUAUGAUAGAAGACAAUGAACUGGUAAACAAAGAAGAGUUGCCAGUGGACUAUUCCGCUGACUAUUGGGAGAAGCGCUACUGCGUGCAAAGGGACCGGGUGCCGAAGUUUCUGGAGAAAUCCACGGACAUCAUACUGAGGACUGGGAAAUAUUUGAAUGUCAUCAGCCAAUGCGGUAAUUCGAUCGCCAAACCGAAUACAGAGGAAAUCAAAUACUCGCUGAGGGAACAAAACUAUGGUGCCAUAAUACAAAAGGCGUAUGCAUUCGCCAGCAAGUCACUGCUGGAGUUGCUAUUGAAGGAGUAUGAUCUCAUGGGGAGAUUGAAGUCGGUCAAGAAUUACUUCCUCAUGAGUCAAGGGGAUUUCAUUGUGCAGUUUAUGGAUGCCACUGAACAGGAGUUGUCUAAGAAGAUUGAUGAUAUCAUACCUUCCAAAUUGGAGAGCCUUUUAGGACUGUGCCUGAGACUCUCUGCCGCUAGUCACGAUCCUUACAACGAAGACAUGAGGGUAGAACUACUUCCCUACGACUUACAGUUCCAGAUGUUCAAAAUCCUAUCUAUUGAGACUGAGGAGGAAAAUGAGUACAAACAGAACAAAGACUGUCUACCGCUGACCGGCAUAGAGACGUUCUCGUUCGGUAUGGAGGUGAAGUGGCCGGUGUCGCUCAUACUCAACCACAAGGCCAUCGCGUGCUACCAGAUGAUAUUCAGGCAUCUGUUCUUCUGUAAACACGUGGAAAGGUUACUUUGCAGGGUGUGGCUAUACAACAAAGUGGUGAAGAGGUUCUCCGAGGCGCGGCUGUACGCGGACGCGUUCGCGCUGCGGCAGCGGAUGCUGAGCUGCGUGCAGCACUUGCAGUACUACAUGUGCGUCGAGGUCAUCGAGCCGUCCUGGUGUCAUCUCAUACAGAGCCUCGAUAAGGUCAACAACGUAGACGAAGUGCUAGAGCGGCACAACGACUUUCUGGAGUCGUGUCUCGGAGACUGCAUGCUGACCAGCCCACAGCUACUGAAGGCUGUCACCACACUCUGUCUUGUCUGUGUGCAAUUUUGCACCUUUAUGCAGGAGAUGCACAAGUACUUCGUGGACGCAGAGCUUAACAGUAUGCUUGGGCCAACGUAUGACAGUACUGAUUAUAGUGAGGAUACCUUUUACUUGUAUAACGGUGGCACCGCGAGCGGCUCGGCGGACUCCUUCUCGCAGUCGGUGUCGCGCUACGGGCUGCGGUUCACGGCGGCGCUGCUGUCGGUGCUGGCCAUCAUAGACCAGAUGGCGCGCGACAACAACUCCAACAAACUGCUCAACAUAUCCGCCAGAUUAAACUUCAACACGUACUAUGUCAAGCAGUUGGAACGGUUCACAGAGGAGAAGUUACUGGAGCCAAAGCCGAAGAAAUCCUCCUAGCAUAGAUUUCCGCGUGUCACCGCGGUCUAACACUACUCAAACAAACUGUAACUAACGUUCAAAACAAAUUCAUCAAAUAUUCUACAUAGUUCUAAAAGAUAUUUGAAAAAAACUGUGAGACCCCAAGUCUGACAGUUUCAAUGGCGACUCCCAGUUAUUAGUAUAAGCGUGUCAAAAAGAACAUCAAAUGCAGAUGGCUCAAAAUCGUGGUAUUUGGAAGUCCCUACAAGAGGCAUAAAUUCAGCAAUAUUCGUCCAUCGGUUAAUGAUAACUCAGACUAAUUACUAUGAACCUGUCUCGCUACACGUUAUUUUUCUUUCAAAGUAUAUAAUCAACGAUCUAAUGCGAUUAUAAAAACUGUCUCUAUUGAAUCGACGUUUCAUAGUUAUAAUCGUGUUCGUCUAAAAGAGCUCUGUAAAAAUGCUUUUUUUUUUGUAGUCGAAUGGUGUAAAAAAAUAACUUCUAGAUUAAUUUCAGCUCGUUUUCCUCUAAAAAUGACAGACAAUUUUGUUCGUGAAUUUGGGUGCGAUACUGAUCCUUAUGUAAUUAGUUUGAAGCUAAUAAUGAUCAUAAUGGUAACUAGUGUCUGUAAUUAGAGCUUAAAAUUUUAGCAACAUCACGUGUUGAUGAUUUGUAAACAUCACUGCAUCAUAUUGAAUGUGUACGCAUUUUUUGCUCUCUGAAAUAAUAGUAUAACAGUUUUCUCUUAGCAGCCCUAAUUAGUAUUAUUUAUUAAACAAAGAGCCGUGAUAGCCCAGUGAAUAUGACUUCUGCCUCCGAUGCCGGAGGGUGUGGGUUCGUAUCCAGCCCGGGGCAUGCACCUCCAACUUUUCAGUUGUGUGCAUUUUAAGAAAUUAAAUAUCACGUGUCUCAAACGGUGAAGGUAACCAUCGUGAGGAAACCUGCAUACCUGAGAAUUUUCAUAAUUCUCUGCGUGUGUGAAGUCUGCCAAUCCGCAUUGGGUCAGCGUGGUGGACUACUGGCCUAACCCCUUUCAUUCUGAGAGGACACUCGAGCUCAGCAGUGAGCCGAAUAUGGGUUCGACCAUGACCAGUUUAACGAUUCGAAAAGUAAUCAAGAGUUAAGAUUACAACAGUUUUAGUAAACUUCUCUGUCACUCAUAUCAUAUUUUCAGCAUGUGGGGCAGAAAUGGGUAUAUGCGUAAUUUUUACGGUAUUGCAUGUUAGAUAAGUCGUGAGUAAAGUAUUAAUAAAACUGCACUUUUAAGGAAAAGACAAAAGUAUUAUAUGGGCACAGUAGUUUAUAGCUAAUACUUGAAAUUUGUCAAUAGAUCCAUCCAGUUUUCAUUGCAUACGUCUGAAUUAAGUACAAACUAUUAUAGAAUACUCGACUUGGAUGUUAUUUUUUCUAUGCUAAAAGUUAUAUAUCAUAGCGCGAGUUGUUCUUCGGUAAAACCUUGGAAUCCAUGCAAAAUAUCACUUAUCUGUCGAAUUUUUACUUGCAUGACUGUUUAUUAUGUACGAUAAAAAAAAUCAAUCGAUUAAAAACACAACCUGAGGCCCCAAUCAACUAAUAAAUAAAUUAUUAACACGUUCAUCGCCGACUAUUAUUUUACAAAAUCAUAAAAAAAUGUCAUUGGUUUUUAUGAUUAUUUAUAGGUUUAUUUGUUCAUAUUUAAAGUUUUACAGUGAUAUUUGUUUAUUUUGGCUUUAUUUUAGGGUUUUUUUAAUUGCCGGUCAUUACGACCCGGCGCGGCCUAAACGGAAUAAUUAUUACAUUCAGGCCGUGCCGGUCACAAUGCCGGUCAGCGUACUUACGUACGCGUAAUUUUCGAUCAAUGAGACAUAGACAAACGUUAUAGACACGUCUACUACGCACGGGUACCGCGCGCCUAAUGGAUUAGCGUUGAGUAGGACAUACAAGAGGCAGGACAUUUGUCCCGUACAUGACGUCACAAUGUAAGAGCGGCUCAACAUUUAAAAAUGUACUACUUCACAUUUUCUGUCGCGGUAGUUGCUUUACCCGUACGCGAGAGAAAGCGAGACACUAGUACAAAAGUCGAAUUGGACGUCAUUCUGUGGUCCUGUCAUAUAAUUUUGUACUAUAUCCCUUAACGCGACGGAAAUAGUAUACGAUGCGUUUAGAAAUAUUAUUUUUUGAAUUUGGAUUUAUUCAAUUGACAUUUUAUAAAAAUAAAAAUUACUUAAUAAUUUAAAAACUGAAAUAUAAUAACCAAGGUGAAUCGAUCUAUUUUAUAUAGGUUAAAAAUAAGUUUGGCAUUUAAUAUCAGUAUGUAAGACAAACUAUUACUAACAUAGAAUACUUGUACCGAAUCGUAAAUCUAUGAUUACUAAGCUAUAUUAUUGUACUAGUACAAACAUGACAUUUGUACACGUUGCUUCAAACAAAGUUCAAAUAUGACAUUUGUAUUCGUUACUUCAAAAUUCAAAUGUAGUGCCAAGCUUCAGUACGCCUCGCCUCAUUUGAAGUGGGACAUUGUACUGCCUCGGUACAAAAAAGAGGCAACACUUACAAACACUUUUUCAAGUCAUGUCCUACCCAACACUAUAAUGGAUGCUAGCGCGGGAGUACACCGUGCGUGCGGUUGUUGUUCCCGCCUCCCUUCACCCCUUUCACCUCUCCCUAUGACUCAAGCCAAUCACGGAUUGUUUUCGUUAGUUCGCACUUGUUUUGGUCAUCAAAUGCACACUAAGAUUUUGUUUUGCAGAAAAAAUAGUUUUAUUGUUAAAAUGGACACUUUUUUUGACUUUGAGUUUACACAAGAACAAUUACAUGUAAUUGACAGUUUAGAGAGGUCACAUUGCAGUACUGACCAUGUCAUAAGUGAGGGCGAUGAAGUGAUAAAUAUUCCACGUACCAGAAAACGUCGAGUUAUUUUGUCGGACAGUGAAGAAGAUGACUGUGAUUUAUCUCCAGCUUUAUCCGGCCAUACACCUGAAUGUGAGUGGUACCAGCCACGUGGUAAGCAGCCUCGUUUAAUUCCUUUUACCGAAAUACCGGGACUGAAACCUUACUCACUUCGAAAUCAACUAGCCAAUGCUACACCUGUCGAUUUCUAUUCCCUCUUAGUCACUGACCAGUUAUUUGAAAAUAUAGCACAUCAGACGAAUAUAUUUGCCCAACAAAGUAUCGAUAAAGGUGGCAUUAAAAAUAAGUCGAGACUACGGCUCUGGACGCCAACCGACAAAGAAGAAAUGAAACGAUUUUUAGGCGUGAUUAUUUGGAUGGGUAUAGUGAAGUUACCAAAAAUCGUAGACUAUUGGUCUAAUGAUGAAAUGUUGGGUCAAUCGUUUGCAAAAAAGACUAUGAGUCGCAACCGCUUCGAGGUUUUGCUUAGAAUGCUCCACUUUUCCAACAACGAAGAAGUUCCAAAAAAUGACCGGCUGGUUAAAAUACGAAGAUUGGUUGAAAUAUUGAACCAAACAUUUUCAAUUCAUUAUACUCCCGAUGAAUGUUUAUGCGUCGAUGAAAGUAUGAUACCAUUUCGUGGGCGUAUCAUUUUCCGCCAAUAUAAUAAGUCGAAAAGACAUAAAUAUGGCAUCAAGUUAUUUAAAUUGUGUACUACUCCUGGCUAUACGACAAAGGUGCAGGUAUAUGGAGGAAAGACAUUAGAUUCACAGGAUAAUACUCCAACCAACGUUGUCUUGAAUUUAGCACGUAACUACUUUGGAAAAGGUCAUACCAUGUUCGUAGAUAAUUGGUAUACAAGCUUAGAUCUAGCUGAGAAGUUAGUUCAACACGAUACUCAUUUAGUAGGGACCCUACGAAAAAACAGGAAGAACUUACCAAAGGACGUCAUGACUGGAAAUCUGAAACCGGGUGAGUUUAUGGCAAAAGAAAACAAAAACGGAGUCACGGUUAUGAAGUGGAAGGAUAAGAGGGACGUGUGUUUGUUGUCAACCAAACAUUCAAUUGGUUUUACAAAAAAAAAGAACAAAAGAGGUGUUGAAACAAUUAAACCGAAAAUUGUGAUUGAUUAUAAUAAAGCCAAAGCAGCCGUUGACUUGUCUGACCAAAUGAGUGCUUAUUCGAGUCCAUUGCGAAAGACGUUAAAGUGGUAUAAGAAGCUCGGUAUCGAAUUAUUACUCAAUACUGCUGUAGUAAAUGCAAGAGUACUAUAUGAAAGUACAACGAAGAAGAAGAUAUCUGUCGUCGAUUUUAGGCGACUGUUGGCAAAGCAGUUGAUUGAGGGUAGUCAAGAAAAUACGGGAUUGACCACACCACGACCCAGAAGACAAAAACACGAGCUUAAGAAAAAAGAAGGUGCAGCAGUAUCAACAAGAAAAUUUUGUCGUGAUUGUUACAAAUCAAAUGUUGAGUUGCAUGGAAGAAAUGUGGCCAAGAACAAAACAAAGAAGGUUUCUUGGUUUUGCACCAUUUGUCCCGGCAAUCCCCAUUUAUGUCGUCAAUGUUUUGACAAAUGCCACUAAAAUGUUUGAUUAUCCAUUUAGAGUUGAAUUAAUCUUUAGUUUGAAUGUUGUUCGUAUGACGAUUUGUAAUUGUGGUUUGAUAAAAAACGUUCCUAAUAUUUUUUGUUGUAUUGUCUUUCUUUUUUUCUUAAAUUUUGAUAAAAACAUGCCUAAAAUUAAUAAUAUUCUGUUGUCUUUUCAUUUUUAUGCAUAAAUGCAACUUAUAACAGAAAUAAAAAUAUAUGAUUCGAAAUCCUAUGUUUUUUCAUUAACUUUUUUCUCUAAGUCCUAAAAACAGGUAUGCCAUCAAAAAAUCAAAAACCAAGUAGUUACAGGUGUUCACUGGGGCCGCGCCGGUCACAUUGUAUGGUUGAAUACACAGCUUUUGCAUUCUGCGGCGCGAACGGGCUUCGCAAAGGUAGGUCUGGCGUGCCGGUCAUUUUGACCCCCCAUGGCCCAAAUGGCUAGAUCAAGUGCCGGUCAUUUUGACCCACCAUGGCGAUGAACGUGCAUAAUCCUCCUAGCAUAGAUUUCCGCGUGUCACCGCGGUCUAACACUACUCAAACAAACUGUAACUAACGUUCAAAACAAAUUCAUCAAAUAUUCUACAUAGUUCUAAAAGAUAUUUGAAAAAAACUGUGAGACCCCAAGUCUGACAGUUUCAAUGGCGACUCCCAGUUAUUAGUAUAAGCGUGUCAAAAAGAACAUCAAAUGCAGAUGGCUCAAAAUCGUGGUAUUUGGAAGUCCCUACAAGAGGCAUAAAUUCAGCAAUAAUAUUCGUCCAUCGGUUAAUGAUAACUCAGACUAAUUACUAUGAACCUGUCUCGCUACACGUUAUUUUUCUUUCAAAGUAUAUAAUCAACGAUCUAAUGCGAUUAUAAAAACUGUCUCUAUUGAAUCGACGUUUCAUAGUUAUAAUCGUGUUCGUCUAAAAGAGCUCUGUAAAAAUGCUUUUUUUUUUGUAGUCGAAUGGUGUAAAAAAAUAACUUCUAGAUUAAUUUCAGCUCGUUUUCCUCUAAAAAUGACAGACAAUUUUGUUCGUGAAUUUGGGUGCGAUACUGAUCCUUAUGUAAUUAGUUUGAAGCUAAUAAUGAUCAUAAUGGUAACUAGUGUCUGUAAUUAGAGCUUAAAAUUUUAGCAACAUCACGUGUUGAUGAUUUGUAAACAUCACUGCAUCAUAUUGAAUGUGUACGCAUUUUUUGCUCUCUGAAAUAAUAGUAUAACAGUUUUCUCUUAGCAGCCCUAAUUAGUAUUAUUUAUUAAACAAAGAGCCGUGAUAGCCCAGUGAAUAUGACUUCUGCCUCCGAUGCCGGAGGGUGUGGGUUCGUAUCCAGCCCGGGGCAUGCACCUCCAACUUUUCAGUUGUGUGCAUUUUAAGAAAUUAAAUAUCACGUGUCUCAAACGGUGAAGGUAACCAUCGUGAGGAAACCUGCAUACCUGAGAAUUUUCAUAAUUCUCUGCGUGUGUGAAGUCUGCCAAUCCGCAUUGGGUCAGCGUGGUGGACUACUGGCCUAACCCCUUUCAUUCUGAGAGGACACUCGAGCUCAGCAGUGAGCCGAAUAUGGGUUCGACCAUGACCAGUUUAACGAUUCGAAAAGUAAUCAAGAGUUAAGAUUACAACAGUUUUAGUAAACUUCUCUGUCACUCAUAUCAUAUUUUCAGCAUGUGGGGCAGAAAUGGGUAUAUGCGUAAUUUUUACGGUAUUGCAUGUUAGAUAAGUCGUGAGUAAAGUAUUAAUAAAACUGCACUUUUAAGGAAAAGACAAAAGUAUUAUAUGGGCACAGUAGUUUAUAGCUAAUACUUGAAAUUUGUCAAUAGAUCCAUCCAGUUUUCAUUGCAUACGUCUGAAUUAAGUACAAACUAUUAUAGAAUACUCGACUUGGAUGUUAUUUUUUCUAUGCUAAAAGUUAUAUAUCAUAGCGCGAGUUGUUCUUCGGUAAAACCUUGGAAUCCAUGCAAAAUAUCACUUAUCUGUCGAAUUUUUACUUGCAUGACUGUUUAUUAUGUACGAUAAAAAAAAUCAAUCGAUUAAAAACACAACCUGAGGCCCCAAUCAACUAAUAAAUAAAUUAUUAAUACUCGUAAAUACAAAAUUAAUAAUUGUAAUAAGUAUCAUACAAAAUAAAGUAUACUAAUUAUGAUGAAUAAUGAUGCCCCAAAAUAUUUUACGAUGUACCUAUACUAAUUCUAGAUGCAUACUUAGUAUAUUUUUAAUAUGUCGAAUAUAAUACACCACUAGAAUAAAAAGAAAGAUCUGAAUUUCCCACUCAUAUGAAUACCAUCACAAAAAAUAGAUAUAAGUAUUUUGAAUCUAGUUAUUUGUGUUGCUAGUCGCCUUUUAUAUACCUCCUUACAAUAAUUUCAGGCAGGUUAGGUAUCACAAACAUUAUAAGACUUUAAAUAAAAUAGGUGUUCACUAAUCUUGUCGUUUCCACUCCUAUAGUCUGGCCAGUUUGUUGGUGACACUCCCAUGAUAUGCGGGCGACGAGGGGAAAGACUGGGCGGGUGUGAAAUCGUGCUUGCGCGGAAGUGAGGUGCAUUAGUCGUGGGUUUUUCAUUCAUCGCUACACGCCCCUCGGCCCGCUCCCGCAUCGGGAGUGUUACGAACGAAGUUGCCAAGCUAUAACACACUCCGACUAAUUGUAGGGAAACGUAUUAUUAUUAGGGAAUAUUGAUCGUAUUUGAAAUAUAAGGCAAAUAUUCCUUUUAAAAAAAUUGUCGAAUCAUAAUGAAAUACAGAAAAUCCAAUUUAGUGAUUACUUGCCCUGUAGCGUUUGCUUGAUUUAGUCUGCGUAGUGUUUGUAGUUUGGACUUAGUGAAACAUUACAGUAACUAUAGCUUGCCAAAUUCGUUCGUAACACACCCGAUGGUCCGCGCGGGCCGGGAGGGGGUAGCGAUCUUGAAGAUCGUGGCACGCACGACUUCAUACCUGCGCAGUCCUUUCCUCUGCCCCCGCGCGUUAGACUUCAAAUCCGCGCAGUCCGUUCCCCCCGUCGCCCGCAUAUCAUGGGACUGUCAUCAACUAACUUGUCAAGCUAUAAGCCUGCUUCUAUGUAAUAGAAAAUCGAUAUGAAAGAUAAAUUAAAAAGUUAUACGCACAAAUUGGCAUACUAAGGUAGUAGUUUAGAUAAUAUGGACCAUAAAUUAAGUGUGACAACAAAUGUCUAGUCCGAUCUCAGACCAAUUAUUGUAUAGGACCUGCCUCGCUAGACGUUACUUUUCUGUCAAACUAUAUGAUCAACGAUCUAAUGCGAUUAUAAAAACUGUCUCUAUAGAAUCGAUGUUAAAUAGUUGUAAUCGUGUUCGUCAGUUAAAGAGCUCCGUAAAAAUACCUUUUUGUGUAAAUUGAGUUGUGUAAAAAAUGGGCAAAAACUUGUAGUUUAGUAUAACAUAUAUACCAAAUCUAAGCUCGUUUUCCUCAGAAAAUGACAGACAAUUUAGUUCGUGACUAUGAGUACGAUACAGGUCCUUCUAUAAUUGUUCUGAGAGUCCGAUAUAAGAAAAAACUUCCGUGACAGAAAUUAAAAAGUACGUUUUUACUCAGUUUCGAUGAGCCACUUGUAGCUCUCAUAUAACUCUUUAUCUGUCUAUUAAGACAUUUUCCUAUAUUUGCCUAAAAAUUUCCUUGCCAAACUAUUAUUAAUCAUUAUUAACUAUCAUUAAUGAUUUGGCUAGGUGGUUUUAAGGCAACCUACUCGCAAUAUAUUUUUUAACGUACAAAAUUUGAUAUAAAAUAGUUUCAUCCAUUAAAUAAAUGGGUGAGGGUCGUUUCUAAUACGGAUCUUAGACUAUUAGAAACGACCUUCACCCAAAAAUAUGUAGCGAGUAGGUUGCUUUAAAAAUUCCUGGCCAAAAUAAUGGUUGAUGUUAGUUUGGCCAGGAAGUUUUUAGGCAACCUACUUGCAAUAUUUAACGUUCUUAAAACACUUUUCAUGCAAUAAACAGAUGGGUGAAAGUCGUUUCUAAUGCGAAUCUUAGACUAAUAAAUAAUUCAUAAUGGUGCAUACUACUGGUGCAUAGGUCAGUCAAUAAACAGAAUUAGUACAUAACUAUCAGCUUUUAUAAUAAAAGGAGGCACAAUCAUGUAGAAAAUUUCACUUAAAAACUGGCCAAUUUUGCUUUGACUAAAGCCUUUAAAUAUAUCCAAUAUUCAAUAAAAUCCCAAAUUUAGUGCAAAUUCAACCUUAAGAAUUGAGUUUAAGGUUGAAUUUACAAAUGCGACUACUUGAAUUGAGUGCCAAGAAGUUGUGUUUGGCACUCAUUGAGUGAGGACGUUUGGUCGCUGAUUGUGCAUCCACUUUUUAUUAAGAGAUCUAUGAUAACUACCCAUUAAUUUUAACACUUUUAGAUUAAAGUGUGACAAGUUGUAUUUUGUGUAUAGAAUAGAUUCAUAUGAGGUUGUGUAUGUGGUUUUAAAACAAUUCCUUGCCAUGAAAAAUAAAAUGCCAUAGUAAUGUCGUAUGCAUGUUAAUAUUAUAUAGUUGUUGUAAAUGUGUAUGUAAUUUUAAUGAAAAUUACUUAGUGGCUGUGUUUAAUUUUUCAUUAACUUGAUUUUUAUAAAAUCAGUUUUAAUUGUUCUCAUACGUUUUAAACUGUUUUAAUAUGUUUACUGAUUUGGAAGAGACUACUAAAACUUUACAUUGAAAAAUUUUAAAUGCAUUUUAAUUACCUAACUCUAUUGAACAUACUGAUAGCCAAUAAAAAAUUUAACAAUC